AUUAAAUCAAUUGAACCCUCUCUUCCGCCUCCGAUUUCGAAGCCCUGUGGUUGCUUCGCCGGACCCGAUGAGCACCCAGAAGAAGCGAAACUUCAAUAUCGAGGCGUUCAAGCGUCGGGUGAAUCUGGCGCCGAGGAGACCUGGAAGGUGCUCGAGAAUGCCUUCCACGAGAUUUACACACACAAUACCGGCGGUCUCAGCUUUGAAGAACUCUCCAGGUUCUUGUAUUCCAGUUUGCUUCAUUGGAUCUUCUCAACUCUUCUACAUUUGGAGAAUGGCUCUGGCUUCAUCAAUUAAUGGAGUUGAUUUAAUUAAUGUGCAGCAACAUGGUAGACAGUUUUGCCCAAUUCACCCAUUGGUGAAUUUCAGAAAUUUAAAGAUCAGAAGAUUUGAGAGAGUUAUUAGAGCUGAAUCCCAGAUGACAAAUCCUAGACCAAUUGUUGUUAAACCAGAAAUUGACUUUAAUGAUCCAGACUGGAAAAAAAAAUUCCUAGAGGAUUUUGAUAAGCGGUUCAAUUUACCACAUUUGAGGGAUGUUCUGGAUAUUCAGCCAAGGCCAACUACAUUCUCACUCAAAACCAGAGGUACUUUAGAUGUUGGUAAUGGUGCAGCAAGAGAAGAUUGGAAUGGCUUUGUGAGUGAUGAUGAUAGAGCACUUCUGAAGGUUAUAAAAUUUGCUUCCCCAACUUCUGCUGGUGCUGAGAGCAUUGACCCUGAUUGCAGCUGGGUAGAACAAUGGGUGCACCGUGCUGGACCACGUAAGCAAAUAUACUAUGAACCGAGGGAGGUAAAAGCUGCAAUUGUUACUUGUGGAGGGCUUUGUCCUGGUCUCAAUGAUGUAAUUAGGCAGAUAGUGCUCACACUUGAAAAAUAUGGGGUAAAAAAUAUUGUUGGAAUUCCAUAUGGUUUCCGUGGAUUUUCUGAUGAGGGAUUAUCUGAAGUGCCGCUUUCGCGUCAAGUGGUUCAAAAUAUUAACCUCACUGGUGGAAGUUUUCUAGGAGUAUCCCGAGGAGGUCCCAGCACCAGUGAUAUAGUUGAUAGCAUCCAGGCCAAGAGAAUUGAUAUGCUUUUUGUACUGGGCGGAGAUGGGACACAUGCAGGGGCACUUGCCAUACAUAAUGAGUGCCGCAUGAGAAAAUUGAAAGUAUCAAUUGUCUGUGUUGCAAAAACUAUUGACAAUGACAUACUACUAAUGGACAAAACAUUUGGUUUUGACACUGCUGUAGAGGAAGCUCAGCGGGCAAUCAAUUCCGCAUAUAUUGAGGCUCGUAGUGCUUACCAUGGCAUUGGAUUGGUCAAAUUGAUGGGAAGAAGCAGUGGGUUUAUAGCCAUGCAUGCAUCACUUUCUAGUGGUCAAAUUGACAUUUGUUUGAUUCCAGAGGCACCUUUUAAAUUGGAGGGGCCAAAUGGAGUCUUAGUGCAUCUCGAGUAUCUGCUGAAAACAAAGGGAAAUGCUGUAAUUUGUGUUGCUGAAGGAGCAGGACAAGAAUACCUAAAGAAGUCGAAUACAACAGAUGCAUCAGGGAAUGUGGUUCUCAGUGAUAUUGGAGUUCAUGUUCAGCAGCAGAUCAAAAGACAUUUCAAGGAUGUAGGCAUUCCAGCAGAUGUGAAAUACAUUGAUCCAACCUAUAUGAUCCGAGCUUGCCGUGCCAAUGCGUCUGAUGCAAUCCUCUGCACUGUACUAGGCCAGAAUGCUGUACAUGGUGCAUUUGCUGGGUUCAGUGGCAUCACAACAGGUAUAUGCAAUACACAUUUUGUCUACUUUCCUGUUACAGAGGUCAUUGCAUCUACCAGGUAUGUAGACCCGAACAGUAGGAUGUGGCACCGAUGCCUGACAUCCACUGGCCAACCUGACUUCGAAUGAAGUAUAUAACAUUCAAGGGGCAGUUCGUUAGUUGAGAUUCCAUCGUAAUAUGGGGAGUCGGGGGCAUUGUUAGUUCGGAUCCGUCUUCACAUUGAUUACGUAGGUUGUCAUUUUUUUUCUUCUAUGUAAUAAAUUUGAAGGGAAAUAGCAGCGAUCUCAAAGUUUCGCAUUCCCAGUGUUUUGUUACAAAUGAAUAGAAAUAAUUGAAGUACCAGGUGGUUAUAAUUA